GUUGCAAUAACAUAACGAUCGAACGACUUGACAGAUGAUGUGGCUAAACAUCUUGUGAAUUUUUAUACGAAUAAAAUAAAAUAAUUGAAUUAAAUGUUUGCAUAGUAUGAUGCAAAAUGAUUUUAUUAAGAUCUAUAUUAUUUAUGUUAUUUAUUUCUUUGCACCAUUGUAGAUACCCAGAUAAAGUGUACUGUGUUAACAAGGAAUGUAGCGAACCGAUAUCUAAAGCUAAAACCCUCUUGGCUUAUAACAGCCCCGAUGAGGACCUGAUUUCAUUUCGAGCGAAUUCUGACGCUGUCAUUUACAUGAAGUCAGCUGGUACAAACCCAGAAUUAUGGUAUGCUGAUAUAAAUGGAAAACAUGGAUUUGUCAACAAGCAAUUUUUAAGAGAAAACAAAGUAUUUGUUAAGAACCCAAUAGAAAUUGUUCCUAUGCAGAAAAAGGCAGCUGUUCAGCCAGAUAAAGUUCAACAAGCUCAUGAAGUUAUUGAGGGCACUACUAUAUACACCACAUCAUCUACAAUCAGUUCUGAACAGCCUGAUGCCACCACAGAGCUACCUGCAGUUGUUUCUCAACAAGAUGUCACUCCUGCCUUAAAUUCUGGUGAAAAUGUUCCUGACCCAAAUAAAAUAAGCAUUGAAGGCACUCCUAACCAAAGUAGUAAUGAUAAUUUGUCUGACCAAAGUGUAAAGACUGAUUCCUUACAAGAAAAUGAACCUGGUGUUGAUCUUCCAAGUAGUGAAUCAAUUCAGGUGCAACCUGAAAAUAAUUUGUCUGCUAGUAUAGAACUUCAUCAAAAUGUUCAGCCCUCCACCGAAAGCAGUACACAACAACCAGUUGAUAAUACCAUUGUGAAUGUCCAAAAUCCCGAGCUUCCAGAAGCUGCAGAAAUUCUUCCCCAGCCACAGCAGCUGGUGUCUAGUGCUACUAGCAAUACAGUAAAUUCUGAUAACAUUGUAGACAUGACCGACAAAGUUGACUACCUACAGCAAGGUUUAAGCCAGCCAGAGUCUAUGGAAAAUAUGGAACCAAAUGUGUCAACCCCAACCAAUGGUAAUGUAGAAAACACUACUCCACAACCAUAUGAAACUUCAACUGAACAAAGUACCACAACAGAAAGUGUAAAUAUAGAUUCUAAUACACAACAACCACCGCAGCCAUCAACUGAUGGUGUAAACAAUCAAUAUCCACAGCCUCCACAUGUACCUGUACCACCGGAAUAUAAUAAUGGUGCUUUUGGCAGCAAUAACCAAAAUUAUGAUUACAAAGCUAACCAACAGUAUUAUCAAGGUAGUUUAGGCCAACAACAGUAUGGUAACCCCACUACUUUUUCAGAGGAAUCAACUGUAACAGCAUCAAAUGCUGAAGUGCAAUAUGAUCAGGAAAACAGUGCAAGCAUGCCGGAAGCUACAACAGUUGCUCCAGUGUACCAAGAAGCCUCUACUGGUUAUGCUUAUAGCCCAAGCCCGGAUCCAACCCCGCAGCCUCCAGAGGCAGAAUCAACUGCAAGUAACACUUAUCAAAGUUCUUCAGAACAGCAUCUUGUUCAAGACAGUACAGGCAGUGCAUAUAAUUAUCCUAGUUCAACUGAGAGCACAUAUAUUCCACCAAACCCAGAAUCAGCUCAGUAUACUGACCAUGCAAGUUCUGAAACAAAUACACCACAACAACAAGAAUUUAGUACAGAAUCUUAUUCUAGCUCCGAACUAACCAACACCCCAGGGAGUCCAGAGACUACAGAAUCAACUUUAAUUACUACUGAAACCACUCCCGCUAGCAUAGAUACAUCAACAGAUAAUAAUUACUAUGCUAGUUCUGAAGCUACUAGUCAAGAACCAUUACCUACAACAGAAACUGAAAGUCUGCUGACUACCACGGAAACUCCAAUAGUGGACUAUUUAAAAUCAUCCGAACCACCUGUAGAUCCCAAUACAGUAUCAAUACCAGAUACAGAGACAUCCAGCACAGGAUAUUUCUCAGGUUUAUUCACGAGUAUAUUAGAUCUAUGGCCAUCUAAAGCGGAAACUUCAGGAGAAGAAAGUAUAUUUAAUCCUGAGUUGGCCAAUGAGGCAGAAGAAACAUUCUCUUACUUCAAUUACUUUCUUUCAACUUAUAACUCUGUUCUGGGAGCCAAAUCUCAAUCAAAUGCACUUUAUGCGUCUUCUGGCAACACAUGUUUUACUGAUGAAUAUUGUGAUGGUACAUCUAAGGAGCAAAACAAUCGUUUCGUGACUUUCCUUGUCACUACGGCUAGUUCUGUCCUGCUCUUCAUAUUGGGAUUUUACUACAUAGAUGGCCGUAGACGGGAUGGCAAACUUAUCGGCACAAUCAACACAUUGCAGAGAGAUUUACUUUUCUCAACUAAGGAAUGUGAGAUUCUAAAAGAGGAGCUGGCUUCUACAAAAACGAAACUAGCUGGCAUUGAAGAUAAUUCUUUCGGCAUGGAUGACAUGGUACAAUCGUUAAAAGAAGAGAUCGAAGAAUUAAAAGCCCAAAAUGAGAGACUUCGAAAAUCGUUGGACGACAAUGAGAAACUAUUACGGGUCUCGGAAAACACAGCCAUGGAACUGCAAAAUACUCUAAGUGAAGUAGAGAAUACUCUUAGUGAGCUCUUAGGAGAGAGAGCUAAUUCUGAAGAGCAUAUAGCAGAUUUAAAUAACAAAAUCCAGGCUUUUGAAGAAGAAUUAGUGUCAGUUAGUCGAGAAAGGGACAAUUUCCAGCUAAAGUAUGUGUCUGCUGAGGCAGCUCUAGAGGAGUCUAGGAAACAAAAGAAGCAGCUAGAAGAACUCAACACAUUGCUGGCUGAGGCCAACAAUACGAUACAACUGCAAAGCCACGAACUAACUGCUCUGAAAGAUGUAAUCAAAGAACUGAACAGUGGAUCCAAAUCCAACAUUGAUGCCGCAUCUCUAAUAGAUCACACUGAAAUAAAGGCCAAGCUAUCGAAAGCUUUGGAAGAGAAACAUACUUUAGAGAGCAAAUAUGAAAUCGAACGUAAAGAGCGGACACGUCUGUCAGAAGAGUUGCAGACCACGCAGGAGUCGCUAGCCACAACGAGCCAGCAAGCCACUGAGGCCUCGACCCGGCUCGAGGUGCUCGGCAAAUAUUUCCAGGAGAGAGAAAGUGAAUUGAUGAAAGAGCUUAGUGCCAAAGAAUCUCUGUAUCUCAGCAAACAAGGCGAGUCGGUGAGCACGGUGGAGAAGAUCGAACUAAUGCAGCAGGAGGUUCAGAGAUACAAGGAGAAAUGCGACUUGCUGACGCUGGAGCUGGCGGAGCAGGAGUCGGCGCGGCUGGCGGCGGUGGGCGCGCUGGAGGGCAAGGCGCACGCGGCGUGGCUGGAGGCGCGCGCGGCGCGGCGCGAGGCCGACGCGGCGCGCGACGACGCGCAGGCGCUGCGCCGCAAGCUGGCCUCGCUCUCCGGCGCCGAGGGCGCGGCCUCGCCGCACCACCAAAUGUCUUCGCCGCUGGACAGCAUGAACACCGAGGCCGGGCUGGGCGGGGUGCCGCCGCCGCUGCCGCCGCUGGCCUUCCUGCCGCCGCCGCUGCUGCCGCCGCUGCCGCGCCCGCCGCCGCUCGGCCGCCUGCCCUCCCCGCACCAGCCUAGAUACGACCGGCGCUAUUCGCCAGAAAGCCGGUACUCACCAGAAAGCCGGUAUUCGCCCGAAAGCCGAUAUUCGCCCCAGAGUCGGUAUUCGCCGGAGCGCAUGAGGCCUUCGGAAAGGAAAUAUUCGCCCAAUGACCGCCGCAAGGUCUACUCGCCGAGGUCUAGGCGACGGUCCAGAGAUAGAUAUGAAGAAGGGCGCGGGUCUCGGGCGCGCAACGGCCCCGGCGACACGGAGACCGAGUACAACUCCGACAGCCCGGCCCGCCAGCGCGCCCGCCGCCGGAGAUACUCGCAUUCGGGUCCUAGUUCCGGUUCGGGAUGUUCGUCGGAAUCGGACAAAUGAACAGGUAUCAGGAAUUGUAAAGCGCAUAGAUCACUUCGCUGAGUAUAAAAUGCCAAACUGUACUUUAAUCAUACUUAAGAAUUGCUCACAUAAUUCGAGACUUAUGUGAACUAGGUACCUACUUAUUAUAUUAAAAUUUUAUUCAGCCAGAAUUAUGUGUAAAAAUCUAUUGAAAUUUAAGGUCUGGUAUAGGUUUUCUGGUUACUUUAUCUUAGUUUAGUUUGGUAUUAUGUGAGCUUCUUCAUUCAAAGAAUAAAUGAAUUAGAUAAAUACAGAAGAGGCUUGGAGGUCAAAAGGUAGGAAUGAAUAUUAAUUAGGUGUAAAUAUUUUUAUUCACUUUAGCGCAUGUAAGUAUUCGUUUUAUACGGUCGUGACACUACGAUACCCUGAGCAAAUGUUAUAUUAAAUUAAUAAUUGUUUUAUAUGCAUCAAAUAUGCUUCAUGCACAAAAGUGAAUGAAUUUAUGUAAUGUUGACUAAUAUAGGCAGUUAAAUACACACGUUCUGUGAAUUAGAGCAUCUUCAUUAAUUAUUAAAAAUGACAUGAUUUUAUUUGAUACCUAUAUUAUUAAAUUACGAAUUAAAAUGCUAGUAGACCACAAAUUAUACAAAUUAAUGCAAAUAGUAUAAUUUAUUUGCCACCUUAUAUGAAUCAUAAAUGCGGUUGCUUCAAAUUGAGGAUCUUGGCAUCUCGAUUUCUUUUUUAUCUAAACAAAUUAUGUCAUAACUGCAUGACAUUUAUAAGCAGUGGUAAACCUUAAUCGCCAUAUUUCUACCAUAUCUAUUAACUAGUCGCAUAUCCCCCAUGGAUGAAUUUGGUUAGGUAUAUUAUUCUUUCAACACUUUCACUACCUACUUACUCCUCUACUCGAAGCUGUUUACUGUUUCUUCUCAGUAACUAACUGAAGUGGCCUCAACCACCAUUGUUACACCUUUUAAGAUAAAAAAAAAAUCAAAAAAGCACUGAAGUAUUUUAUUGAACGAAAACGUUGUCAAUAUUAACAUGCAUAUAUUAAAGAUUAUAAUAAAAUAAAAAGUAUACCGCAAUAUACGAAUGCAUUUAGCCGCA